AUGCCAAAAGAUAAAACUGAUAUAAGAGAAAAGAGUGCAGCUCAAAAAAUUUCAAAAUUUGGCUCAUUCACUGCAGGUGGUCUUGCAGCAUGUAUUGCAGUGACUUUUACCAAUCCAAUUGAGGUUAUUAAGAUCAGAAUGCAAUUACAAGGUGAGUUAGCAUCAGUUGGUCAAGGUAUAUAUAAAAAUCCAUUCCAAGGUAUCGGUGUUGUCUUUAGAAAUGAAGGUUUUAUGGCUUUACAGAAAGGUUUAAAUGCUGCUUAUAUUUAUCAGAUUGCGUUAAAUGGUUCAAGAUUAGGUUUCUACGAGCCAAUUAGAUAUGCUUUAAACAAAACUUUCUUCCCUGGAGUAGAUUCUCAUUUGAAACAAAAUGUAGCUGUCAAUGUUGCUGCUGGUGCAACUUCUGGUAUUAUUGGAGCUGUCAUUGGUUCUCCAUUAUUCCUAGUGAAAACUAGAUUACAAUCAUAUUCUGAAGCAUUCAAAGUCGGGGAACAAACUAGAUAUACAGGUGUUUGGAAUGGUUUAAAAGCAAUUUAUAAAACAGAAGGUUUUAGAGGUCUGUACCGUGGCGUAGAUGCCGCUAUUUUAAGAACAGGUGCAGGUUCAUCGGUCCAAUUACCUAUUUAUAAUACAACCAAAAGUGUAUUAAUUAAAUCUGAUUUAAUGAAAGAUGGUCCAGCAUUACAUUUAACUGCUAGUACGAUAUCUGGUUUAGGUGUCGCCGUUGUUAUGAACCCAUGGGAUGUUAUUUUAACAAGAAUAUAUAACCAAAGAGGUAAUAAGUAUAAGGGACCGAUUGAUUGUCUAGUCAAAACCGUUAAAAUUGAAGGUUUAUCUGCAUUAUACAAAGGUUUCGAAGCACAAGUUUUCAGAAUUGGUCCACACACCAUAAUGUGUCUAACUUUCAUGGAACAAACUAUGAAACUGGUAUACUCCGUUGAGAAGACGAUUCUAGGACAUAAUUAA